AUGCUGUGCUUCCUCGCCGCGCUCGGACAGAACGGGCUCGACGGGCUCUCGCUGCGCCCAUUUUCGUUGGCGACACCGCGUGGCGGAGGCCUCUUCGGUCAAACCAAUUUCCCAGACUUUGGCGCCGCGUGGAAUCCCUCAUCGCGAGACGAAGGAGGCUCCACCGAUCAAACCGAUCGCAUUGAGCGUUAUCAAAAUGGUGGCUUCGAGGACCCUCCGGCCUGUUCGCUGCUCGAGCCAGGCCUGCCACGCUGGCUGUGUGGCGUGGUCGGGCAGCUUCCUCACAUCGGCCUUCGCAUCUCUCCCGCUGACGACCCGUCGACCGUGCUCUCUCUGCGGAUAGAGGGCCUGAUGGUGUCUGGCCUCAGCGUGCAGGACGUGCACUCCGCCCACCACCGCACCGGCAACGCUUCGCUUCCCCCUGGGUUCGCCGCCGCGCUCGAUGGGAUCGGCUUUCGCGUGCAUCUGGACAGCUUUGAGGCGCCGCCCCUCGGCGCGGCAUCCGCCUCGCGCGGCUCCGGCCUCGCGACGUGCCCCGGUGCCGCGAUGUCGGUCCGCCUCGUCGUCGACGGUACGGCCGCGUACCCUCCGCCGCUGCGCGUGCCGCACUUCGGUCUCGAGCUGCCGCCGCACGGGCUCUCUCUCUCGGUGUGGCGCGAGACGAGCCUCGGCUUCUCGCUCGAGACGGACCUGCAGCCCUUCAUCGCACUCAUCCUCUCGCUGCUGCACGACGUCCUCCUCGAGCAAGUCUCGACCGCCGUCGCCGAGUCGGCCGUCAGCGAGAGCGAGCUCUUUUGCGAGUGGGUCCGCCAGCAAAUGGGGCCGAAGCAACUCGGUGGCGACGGCAGCGACUUCAUCCUCUCGCCGCCCCUCCCCGAGCCGCCCUCGCCCUACCCGCGCGGCGACACGCUCGUCUGGCGCGACGUCGCCGGCGGCCUGCUCGUGACUCUCAACUCGGAGCGCGGCCUGGGCGGCUUCUCGCUGCAAGAGGCCGCGGCCGCGGGCCACCUCCUCGGUGAGCACGGCAAGGGCCAGCUGCGCCUCCCCCUCUGGGAGAUCGACCUCGCGCAGCGCAUCCCGACCCUCACGGACCCGGUCGUCGGCGCGUCGCUCCGGCUCGCCCCCGCCUACCUCGAGCUGGGCGGGCUCCACACCCUGAACCAGCUCGCGCUCGCCAAGCCGCGCGGCCGCAGCACCGAGCCGUACUCGCUCGAGUUUGGGCUCGGCUUUCGCGAGCUCACCGUCGAGCUCCGCUUCAACCUCUCCAUCGCCCUGCCAGAGGCCGGCCCCGACUCGCUGCUCUACCACGCGAAGAGCGCGCCGCUCGCGCAGCAGCUCAAGCUCUCCCUCUCCCUCUCCAACCUCUCCGCCUCGGCCAUCGCUUUCGCGCCCCUCUCGACCGACGAGCUCUUCGCCACGCCCUGGCUCUACCUCACGCCCGCCUGCCUGCUCCGCCCGCUGCGCGUCGCCUCGCUGCGGCAGCUCCUGCUGAGCCUCUCGCCCGACGUGAUCCGACUCGGAGAGGACCCGCUCUACGAGAUCUACCGGCCGGAGAUCGAGGCGCGCCUGUACGGCCUCGUCUCGGACGCGAUCGACUUUCUCGACGCAAACUACGUCUCGCCCGACGCCAUCGCCGCCCUCACGAGCGGUCCGCUGCUCAACAUGGUGAACGGGCUGCUGCCGUCCGCGUUCGACUGGCUCACCGGGGAUUGCGAGCCACCCCCGACGCCGCCGCCGCCACCCGCGCCCGUCGAGUGGUGCCGCGCGCCGCUCGUGCAGCUCGCAGAGUCGGAGCUGACGGCGCGGCUCGUCAACACGCUCUUCGAGGCGCUCGGGCUGGGCGACGUGUCGGUGCACGGCGCCGUCUCCGUCCCGCUCGACGGCGCGUGGCUCGGGCCCGUCACAAUCGAGGUGUCGGAGCCGCGGCUGGAGAACCUGGACCAGCUCUCCGAGCUGAAGCUGCUCGCGGCUGACUGCGCCGAGCCAACCACGCUGCGCAGCACAAUCGGGCUCGGCUCGGCC